GCAGGAUGAAGGUGUGUAUUGCAAGGGGACAAGAUCCAGCAGAGUAGUAUUCAUCAUAACUUCAUAAGGCGUGUCAUAAUAAAGCUUUCCCUGUAUUGGAAGUAAAUUACAAGGAUCAUAUGGCAUGCCAUUGGUGCCAAAAUUAUGAUGCAAAUUUUUAAUAUAAAAUUUGUUUUUUCACAUUUUUUUCCUAUUUUGGGGUACACAUUGUCUUUUAGUUUGCACAGACUUCCUUUUUGGGUUGAUUUUUCUUUAUUAGACUUGACAUUGGGUUGGUAUAGUUUUCAGUUUUGGUCAGCUUUUUAUAAUGUGUAGACUUUUCAUUCGGGUGAACUUUUCAUUGUCAUUGCAUCAAUUCAAGUCACGCAAUACUGGUGACAUCUCCUAAGGGAUCAUGGGAAAUGCAUUUCCUGUGCUGCCAGUCUGUUGUUUAUGCACUGCCAUAAAAAAAUAGCAGGGCAGACUGUGCAUACCUACCCUCCCAACCAUGGGGUAAAACAUUGACAGCCACCACAUUUUUUGGGGGAUCAUUUAAAUCAAUCUAGAAAUGGGGUGAAAUUCAACUCCCUGCAGAAAAAUGAAGAAUGAACAUCUUUCAGCUGGAACCAACAAGUAAAAACAGCCAAAGGUAUAUUAAAUAUACCUUUGGCUAUUACUAACCUUGUCUGUUAGAUGUUAAAUUAUGCAACACACAAAUUUUCAUUAUGUAACAUUACUUUACUUGUGACUGUCUCUGCAUAGCUGUUCAGUCUUCAAUAAAAUUGCCUUUAUUGAGUGACAAUACUGGUGACAUCUCCUAAGGGAUCAUGGGAAAUGCAUUUCCUGUGCUGCCAGUCUGUUGUUUAUGCACUGCCAUAAAAAAAUAGCAGGGCAGACUGUGCAUACCUACCCUCCCAACCAUGGGGUAAAACAUUGACAGCCACCACAUUUUUUGGGGGAUCAUUUAAAUCAAUCUAGAAAUGGGGUGAAAUUCAACUCCCUGCAGAAAAAUGAAGAAUGAACAUCUUUCAGCUGGAACCAACAAGUAAAAACAGCCAAAGGUAUAUUAAAUAUACCUUUGGCUAUUACUAACCUUGUCUGUUAGAUGUUAAAUUAUGCAACACACAAAUUUUCAUUAUGUAACAUUACUUUACUUGUGACUGUCUCUGCAUAGCUGUUCAGUCUUCAAUAAAAUUGCCUUUAUUGAGUUAUUUUUAUUACUUUGUGAAAAGGCAAAGAAAUAAGCAUUACAUGAUAUAUUCAGUUUAUUCAGCAGCAGCCUGACUUCAAGGUCGUGAAUACUCUGAGCCACAAAAAGAGAGGGGGGGUUGUGCAUUGGCUAAUAGCAAUUUACAUGUAUUAUUGUGGUUGUGACAUAACCUGCAUUUGCACUGCUAUUUAAAAUAAUGCUAGUACAUAUUAAGAUUUCGUUUGUUAUUGCAGGUGAAGUACCAUUACACAUAGAUGACAAUGGAGAAGAACCACAGCCUGGUCCAUCUAGACAAACAACAGAGGAGGAAACCCUGCAACAACUAAUGGAGAUGUUUCCGGACAAAAGUCGAGAUGACUUGGUGCGAGCCCUCAGUCUACACGGGACUGUUGGUGCUGUGGCUCUUUCUCUUUCCAGUAAUUUACCUGAAGAUGAUUUUAGCAGUGAUGAUGACAGCCUGUUACAGCCUUCUUUCCCCCCUUCAAAAGAGAAAAUAGAUUCCUUGCAGUCAUUGUUAAAGGAGCUUGGGAAGAAUAUGAGUGAAGAGAGAGUAAAAGUAAAAAUUGAGGAGGAGGACAUACUGAACGAUGCAUUGGCCCAUGACAAAAGUCCUGAGUUUGAUGUUAAGAAGAAGCUAAGAAUCCAGUUUAAAGGCCAACCAGCAGUGGACACAGGUGGUGUUACAAGAGAAUUUUACACAAAGUUGUUCCAAGUCAUUUGCAAGAUGUUCUUUCAAGGCUGCUAAUACAAGAGUCCUGUGUACAGUGCAGAUAUUGUAGCCUCCGGACUAAUGCGAUACUUUGGCACCAUGAUUGUUCACAGUAUUAUUUUACAAGGUGGCCCAGGCUUCCCAGUGUUGAGUCCUUCAGUAUACUGUUACAUUGCUUCUGGUAAUAUUGAUGCAGCAAUGGCCAAGAUGAAUUAUGGAGAUUGUUCAGAGCCUGUUAAGCAUUUCAUUGACAAGGUACAAACUGGACAUUUGAGUGCAUUCUAAAAUUACUGACUGAAAGGGAGCUUGUAAUCAAUUGAGUAGAAUACAGUACUUUGAUUGUGACUGGAACAUCUUUCAAUUCACCUAUGAGUAUACAAUCACUACAAUGUCAAGUAACAUCAUAAUCAUGACCAUGGCAUUACAGUUCUGUUUGUAAAAAUUAUCUCAAAUUUGUGCCUACUUCUUACUAUUGCUUCUAAUAACAUAUGCAAAUAUGCAUUACAGAUGAAAUAUACAUGUAAUGAUGAUAUUGCCAACAAUCAGCACACAAUAGCAAUAAAAUUACUAUGUUUAUUUACAGAACAAAGUUUACAGUCAACUUAAUUGAAAACCACUCACAUCAGAUUUUAUUUUUUUAUCAAUACUAGGUUGCACAAGCUGAAGAUGUGUGUAGUCUUGACAAAGAAGAAUGCUCAAGUAUGUUGUCUGAGUGUGGCCUUGCUGUUGCAUUAACAGUAAGUUUGAAUUGACUAGCAUUGUUGCUUACUGUGAGAACGACCAUUUAACUAGAAUACACUGAAGGUGUCAUUCAUCUGUUCAGUAGUUUGCUUGAGUCAGUCAGUCAGUCACACUCCUACAGUCAGUCAUUCACUCACUCAUUUGCUGACUCACGUAUUCAUUCAUUCUAGAACGACAGCAAGAUGAGGGUUAUUCAGGGGAUCAUUAUACAUGAUGUAAUUGGCCGCCCUAAGAUUAUUCUUGACCAGUUGGCGGAGGGUUUAAACACACUUGGAUUUCGAGCUGCUAUGAAAGAAUACCCUGAGUUCCUUGAGGCUCUCUUUAUCCCCAGCAAGGAAGAGUUGAAUGCAGAUUCUGUCAUUGGCGUGCUUCAGUUCCCUAAAGAUAUGGAUGACAAUGAAAGUGUAGUAGCAGGUUACAUUCACAUGUUUAUACAGAAUGCAAAGGUUGACACACUGGAAAAAUUUCUCUCUUUUGCCACGGGUUCAAAGGCUCUUCCCGAUUUUGGCCUGGGAAAAAUUCAAGUAAAGUUUGAUAGGGUACCGGCUAUCUUUGCAUCAACAUGUUUGUUUCACAUUACAUUUCCAAAUCAAUUCGAAGACCAAGAUAGCUUAAGUUUGUCACUAGAGGCAGUCAUAAAUACUACCACAGGACAGUCAUUUAACUGUGUGUAA